AUGGCGGCGGUGGCGGCGGGCGGCCUGGUGGGGAAGGGGCGAGACAUCAGCCUAGCAGCCCUGCAGCGCCACGACCCCUAUAUCAACCGCAUCGUGGACGUGGCCAGCCAAGUGGCUCUGUACACUUUCGGCCAUCGGGCCAACGAGUGGGAGAAGACUGAUGUGGAAGGAACCCUAUUUGUUUACACAAGGUCUGCUUCUCCAAAACAUGGAUUCACCAUUAUGAAUAGACUGAGCAUGGAAAAUAGAACAGAGCCCAUUACUAAAGACCUGGAUUUUCAACUCCAGGACCCCUUCCUUCUCUACAGAAAUGCCAGAUUGGCCAUUUAUGGAAUUUGGUUUUAUGAUAAAGAAGAAUGCCAAAGAAUUGCAGAGCUUAUGAAAAACCUAACUCAGUAUGAACAAUUGAAAGCUCAUCAAGGAACAGGAACAGGAAUCUCCCCAAUGAUCCUCAAUUCAGGAGAGGGCAAGGAAGUAGAUAUCUUACGAAUGCUCACCAAGGCCAAAGAUGAAUACACAAAGUGUAAAACCUGUUCUGAACCAAAACAGAUUACCAGUUCAUCUGCCAUCUAUGACAACCCCAAUCUCAUCAAGCCAAUUCCAGUGAAACCCAGCGAAAACCAACAAAAGCACGUGUCUCAGCUCAGCCAGACCUUAGAUCCUGAACCCCAACACUUAUCCUUGACUGCUCUCUUUGGGAAGCAGGAUAGAGCUACAUGUCAUGAAAUCAUGGAGCACCCCCAGACCUUCCACCCGCAGCGGCAUCAAGAGAAACUUCCGGUAAGGCAGGGGGUUGUACGAUCCCUGUCCUAUGAGGAACCCAAAAGACACUCACCCCUGCUGGAGAAGCAGCUCUGUCCGGCCAUUCAGAAACUCAUGAUCGGGAGCUCAGACCUCCACCCAUUGUCAGAGCUGCCCGAAAACCGACCCUGUGAAAAUAGCAAUCCCCACUCUGCUGGGGAUGUUUUCACUGGGCUUGUCCAGCCAGCAUCUCCCAGUCACAUUGGGACUUCUCAUCGUGUGCAAAGUGCUCCCAGAACUCAGAACCUGUUAUAGAAGCUCCAGAGUGCUCCUGGGGGCAGAGUGCCACCAAGUGCAGGCAUGCCAGGACCUCCCAGCUCAGCUGCUCCAAGCUUCAGCAGAGCCCUCACUGCCGCCACCCCUGCAGCUCCAAGCAAGGGUCUCCCCCAGUCACAACUCGUGUAUGUCAAUGGCUCCCUUCCACCCAAGACACUCGGGCAUCAUGCUCCUGGGAAAGAACAGUCUGUACUCCCAAGACCACCACUUCCCCUGUCCUGUGCUCAGAUGAGCGGUUCUGGAGUGGUCUCCCCUCAGGAGCUCCUGAGAAAGCUCCAGAUUGUGCAGCAAGAGCAGCAGCUACAGGCACCCAACCGACCAGCCCUGGCAGCCAAGUUUCCUGUGGUUACUCAGAGUACCAGGAUGGUGAAACCCUUGGAAUCCUGGAUCGACAAGACAUCCAGCACAGAAGGGCAGACUCCUCUUUUUCAGGUCAUCUCGCCUCAGCGUAUCCCCACUACAAUGCCUCCUUCUCUGCUCAUGUCUCCCAUGGUGUUCACGCAGUCCACCUCUGCCCCAUCAAAGGACAGGGACAGUGGGCUCUUGCCCUUGGGAAGCCAAGACCCACCUGCUGCCUCCACCAGCCUUAUCUUGCCUGUACAGAACCCCGAGCCUUCCGCGAUCACCAGCAGCCCACUUACCAAGCUGCAGCUUCAGGAAGCACUGCUAUACCUCGUUCAGAAUGAUGACAACUUCGUAAAUAUCAUCUAUGAAGCUUAUCUCUUCAGUAUGACCCAAGCAGCCCUGAAAAAGACCAUGUGA